GUCAUGGUGUUGGCCCUUAUCAUAGCAAUACCGCUGCUUGUGCAAAGUACCAAGACUUCGGCUCACUAUGAGAUGAUGGGCACCUGUCGAAUGAUCUGUGAUCCAUACAGUUCGAAACCCGCCAGCGCCACGGCAAUGGAGCUCAUGCAGGACAUGAAUGCUAUCCCGCCGCCGCCAAUGGCGCAAGGCUCCAAAGGUGAAUUAGGGCGACCUGGGAAACCGGGACCAAGAGGUCCACCGGGAGAACCAGGACCUCCCGGCCCAAGAGGACCACCCGGAGACAGGGGUGAUUCCGGGAAAGAUGUUUACCCCGCGGUAACGUCAGGGACUGCAAAGACCGAAACGGACACGGACGAGGUUAACACUGCACUCAGUGAAACAAAGGUUGCGUUCUAUGUCGGUUUGAAGAACCCACACGAAGGAUAUGAGGUGCUUAAAUUCGACGAUGUUGUCACAAACUUGGGAAAUCAAUACGACCCAACCAAUGGCAAGUUCACUUGCCAAGUGUCCGGAAUUUAUUUUUUCACAUACCACGUGUUAAUGCGAGGAGGCGACGGGACAAGCAUGUGGGCAGACUUGUGCAAAAACGGACAGGUUCGGGCAAGUGCUAUUGCACAGGACGCAGACCAGAACUACGAUUACGCAGGUAACAGCGUGGUUCUACACCUGGACUCCGGAGAUGAGAUUUAUGUCAAACUGGACGGUGGCAAAGCACACGGAGGCAACAACAACAAGUACAGCACCUUCUCUGGAUUCAUUUUGUAUCCAGAUUAA